GGCCCGUCAGUAGCAGGUCCCAGACCCCCCGGGGAUAUGUGGGUAGAGCUAGCUGCAGCCAGGUGCGCAGAGCCACAAGAGAUCUAGGGCACUCUGGAGGCAACUCUGCCUGCUGCGCGCUCUGGUGCCUGGGGAAAUGCCCAAUUGACGGGCGAGCUGGUGAGGACAAGAACGCUCCCUUUUGGCCCGAGUCCACUGCAUCCAUGGCGCUGCCGGUCAGUCUGGUGCCCCUGUGUUGCUUGGCACUUCUGGCGCUGCCGGCCCAGAGCUGCGGCCCGGGUCGGGGCCCGGUGGGCCGGCGCCGCUACGUGCGCAAGCAGCUCGUGCCGCUGCUCUACAAGCAAUUUGUGCCCAGCAUGCCAGAGCGGACUCUGGGCGCCAGUGGGCCAGCUGAGGGGAGGGUGGCAAGAGGCUCAGAGCGCUUCCGGGACCUCGUGCCCAACUACAACCCCGACAUCAUCUUCAAGGACGAGGAGAAUAGUGGCGCCGAUCGCCUGAUGACCGAGCGUUGCAAGGAGCGAGUGAACGCGCUGGCCAUUGCCGUGAUGAACAUGUGGCCUGGAGUGCGCCUGCGGGUGACCGAGGGCUGGGACGAGGACGGCCACCACGCUCAGGACUCACUCCAUUAUGAAGGCCGUGCCUUGGACAUCACCACGUCCGACCGCGACCGCAAUAAGUACGGGUUGCUGGCGCGCCUGGCGGUGGAAGCCGGCUUCGACUGGGUCUACUACGAGUCCCGCAACCACGUCCACGUGUCGGUCAAAGCUGAUAACUCACUGGCUGUCCGAGCGGGCGGCUGCUUUCCGGGAAAUGCCACCGUGCGCCUGCGGAGCGGCGAGAGGAAGGGGCUGCGAGAACUGCAUCGUGGCGACUGGGUGCUGGCGGCCGACGCGGCAGGCCGUGUAGUACCUACGCCGGUGCUGCUCUUCUUGGACCGGGAUUUGCAGCGCCGGGCCUCCUUCGUGGCUGUGGAGACCGAGCGCCCCCCGCGCAAGCUGUUGCUCACGCCCUGGCACCUGGUGUUCGCUGCAAGAGGGCCAGCGCCCGCGCCAGGCGACUUUGCCCCGGUGUUCGCACGCCGGCUGCGCGCGGGGGACUCGGUGCUGGCGCCUGGUGGGGACGCGCUUCGCCCGGCGCGUGUAGCCCGAGUAGCGCGGGAGGAGGCAGUGGGCGUGUUUGCGCCACUCACUGCGCACGGGACGCUGCUGGUCAACGACGUCCUGGCCUCGUGCUAUGCGGUUCUGGAAAGUCACCAGUGGGCACACCGGGCCUUUGCGCCUUUGCGCCUGCUGCAUGCGCUGGGGGCGCUGCUUCCCGGCGGGGCGGUCCAGCCAACUGGCAUGCAUUGGUACUCUCGGCUCCUCUAUCGCCUGGCGGAGGAACUGCUGGGCUGAGCGCU